UAAGAACAUAAGCGUCUGGGAUAUUCAGCAGCAGCAUAGGACUUCGUUCCUGCCUAGAGGUAUUGAUGAUCCACUGCUACUAGAUACAGAAGCCUGUCAAGUGUAAGCUCCUGCUAUUCCGCCCACAACCAUUUGAACCAUUUGAAUAAGAUAUAUUUGAAUUACAGGGCUAUUAAAUUCGUAUACUUGGACUUUUGGUGAAACUUGCGUAUUUUGAAGGUGUUUUAAGUAGCUUUUUGGCCAUUAUAUGUUUAGUUAAUCCUGUUAAAUUUGCGUCUGAAGCUAAACAGUAUUGAGAAAUGAAGAAGUUCGAACGGAUUAGGCGCACGUGUUGAAUGCUGCGCAACUUUUUGACAUGCAAAGCCCUAUUGGGCAGUAUGCUGCUCCGUCCUGUGAUGCCGUGGCCCAAUCUGGACGACUCAAAUGGUACUGCAACGAAAUUCUCAGAAGGAUCGAGGGUUCAGGACCUAUUUCCGUGAUAGAGUUCAACAAAGAAGGCACACAUCUGGCUUAUGGAAAUUCUGAUGGGAUCGUUAGUGUCAUUGAAAUCGGCCAAGCGGAUCUCUCUGAAAUAACACACCAUCGCCAUUCCUGUUCAAAACCGUAUCAAGUAUUUUUAAGCCAUGAACCAGAGUUUGACUGUCUGAAGUCCCAAGCAAUUGAGGAGAAAAUCAAUCUUAUACGCUGGCUCCCGAAAUCUGGGCUUUCCCACUUCUUGUUAUCUUCCAAUGAACGUACUAUAAAACUUUGGCAGUUGACUGAACUGCCGACACAGUCGUUUACAAAUUUGAAUUUCCCUGUUGAAUCGGGUUGCCGACGUAAAGUUGUUAUCAGGUCAUUAUCCGAUAUCAAAGUCCCUGUUUGUUUGAAGAAUUAUGGAAAUACAAAUAUACGUGUACAGAAUAAAAAAGUAUUUGCUCGUGCCCACGGCUUUUCAAUAGUCGGUUUGUCACCCUCUGCUGACCGUGAGACUUUCUUCUCUGCCGAUCCACUGAGGAUUAAUAUGUGGAACUUGGAAGUUACUAAUGAGGUGUUCAGUGUCAUUGAUCAUAUGCUUGAUCGUUUGGACGAUCGCUCACAUCUGAUCACUGGAAUUAGUUGUAGCAAUUCUUCCCCAUCAUUAUUUGCAUAUGGCACUAAUAGAGGUUCAAUUUUUCUUUGUGAUACACGGUCAAGCUCUCUUUGUGAUCACGCUUCUCUUGUUUUUCAUAGUCUUGCUGCAGACGAAUCAGAUGUGCUUACCAUUCUCACUAAUUCCGUUUCCGACUUGAAAUUUGGCCAAUGCUCCGAUUAUAUUAUAUUUUCCCGUGAUUAUUUGAGCGUUAAAACCUGGGAUUCACGAAUGCCAACUCAACCAGUUGAAGUUUAUCCUGUCCAACGUCAUUUAAAAAAGCAUUUAGCUGUUUUAUACGAAAGUGAAUUACUUUUUGAUGAUUUCAAACUAACUAUAUCUUCAGAUGAUCGUUGUAUAAUGACUGGUUCAUAUAAUAAUACUGUGAAAGUAUUUGAUCGACAAAAUCCAAUUGAAGGUUCAUAUAAACUUAUUAUGCAAGAUGAAGAUAUGAAUGCAUUCCAUGAUACAUUUCGUACAACUGAUGAUAAUACUUCUGUAUUUGUUUCACCUAUAUCAUCAUCAACAUCAUCACCCGACGGUACUGAGUUAACAUGGCCACGAAGGAUACAUGAUGAUUUGAUUGAUAUCACUGAAAACUUUACCAGUUCAUCAUUUUCAGAUAAUAAUACUAGUACUAAUAAUAAUCCCAAUUUCAAUGAAUCCAUAUUCACUGUAGAUGUUGGACGUAAAUGGUUACAAGUUAGUUGGAAACCUUGGUCUACUGUAGCUGCUGUCAGUCAUACAGAUGGUAUUCACCUUAUUGAAGCAAUAAAUUAACAGAAUAUGUGCAAUUUUUAUACGAUUUCUAUAUAUAUAUGUAUAUAUAUACAUACAUCUUUUCUUCCAGAAAAAAAUACAUUCCUAGUUAUGUUAUUUUUGUCGGCCUUGUUGUCUUCGGUCCUUAUAUUUUUUAGGAAAAAAAAAUUUUUUUUUACCAGAAAUAUUAUAAUGAUGAACUUGCUCCAACUUAUAAGUUACUUUGUGUUAUUUCUUCUGUCUUGAACUAUCUUUUUUUUGUCAGCAGAUAGUCACAAUUGACAUUCAACUCUUCUCCUUCUUCUUUUUCCUCAUUUGUUCUCUUUUCUGUAUUACUACUUUUACUAUAACUGUUGUCAUCUGUUGUUUAUCUUGAAAAAAAACAAGAAGGAAAAAAACCAUAUUCUCUUUUCAAACAAAUUACUAAUCAGUAAAUUGUUGUAUUCAUCCUUCCUUCCUUCCUUCCUUCCUUCCUUCCUUCCUUCCUUCCUUCCUUCCUUCCUUCCUUCCUUCCUUCCUUCCUUCCUUCCUUCCUUCCUUCCUUCCUUCCUUCCUUCCUUCCUUCCUUCCUUCCUUCCUUCCUUCCUUCCUUCCUUCCUUCCUUCCUUCCUUCCGACCAUCACUACUACUACAACAACAGUGUACUUCAUUAUGUCUGUCUCGUUUGCCGUCAGUCUGUUGUGUAGUAAUUACAUACCAUAUACUAGAGAAAAUAGACUCACACGCACGCAUGCAUGCAUGCAUGCUUUAAAGAAUCAACAGUUAGCUUAUUCCUUUUUCUUAUUCUCUUCACUAAUGAUAUUCUGUGCCAAACACAUGUUCUCAAUAUCUACGCUAUCAUUAUCAUUAUUAUUAUUACUCAUAAUAAUAGUAACCAUUAUGGUUAUUCAUAUUUUUGUUGCCUAGAUUUCAAUCUUAUGUGUAUAACAUAUAUAUAUUUAUGAGCAUGUAUUUUAUGUACACUUUUCCCAUAGUAUAGUAUUAUUAUUCUCAUUCAAUACAUUAAAAUACAACGAAACAGAUGAAUAAUUCCAAGUGGAAUGAAUACACAAUAUGUAUGUGUGUGUGUGACAGAUAGAGAGAGAAUGAGUUACAUACCCAUAAUUGAUCAUACAUACUUUCUUGUUCAACCUAUCUCUUCUUCACUCACCCACAUCUUGCUUUCUCAUUUCAUUGAUACAUUAUCAUGAGUACAAUUAUUGUUUUACUACUUUAUUAACAUAUAUUAUAAUGAGGUUGAUUAUUAUUAUUAUUUACUUAUUUAUUUAUUCUGAAUGUUACUAAAAAUAGAUUUUGUUUCUCUUAUGUUUUUUUGUUUGUUUCAUAAUUUCUAGGAUAACUUUUCUUAAUUUACUUAAUACUACUAUUAUGAUGAACAGAAUUUGAAAAAAAAGUAAUUAUUU